AUGAUAUCUGUUUCAACAGUUGUAUGGCAAGAUUGGCAAGUGCGCGUUACGUCAACGCCGGCUGAGGUAGGCGGGCCGGCGCUCUUGACGUGUGUGGCACCGGCGAGCCUGCGCGAGCACGCAUCAGUCGCCGCCUGGUACAGGGACGAUGCCGUCCUACCUGCCGCUGAUCGUCUGGCAGGCAACACCCUGCUAGUAGAAGAUGGUUGGCGACUGGUGGUCCGCUCAGUCACAACUGACGACUCCCGAGCACAGUACUCGUGCUCUGUGCUCGAUCCAUUGACUGGUGAGCGGAGGAGGAGCACCCCCACAAGCAUUGAAGUGACAGCAACGAGUGCGGCGUCAGCUCCUCGCGGUAUAUCACAUAACCAAUGGGAGGCGACCGUCCGCCGGGGAGUUGACGUGGUGUUGCCGUGCUUGGUCCAUGCAGACCCACCGGCCGCUGUCACGUAA